AUGGCCUUGAAAUUCUCUCAAAUUCUAUUCAUAGUUCUCUGGCUCUCUCUCUUCUUCCUCCUCCUCCACCACUUGUACUCUUUCAACCUCCACCGUCUCUACGCUCUAAACGCGGCGAAGCCAUCAAUAUCGAAGCACCACCACCACACCAUUAGUAGAUUAGUAAGCAGAAAAGCUCUCUCCCACAAAUUUGACUUCACUCCUUUCCAAAACCGAGAGAACAACCGCCAUGGCCACCGUCUUUCCGACGAGAAACACGGCGGCGAUGAAAUCGAUCCUCGUUAUGGAGUGGAGAAACGCCGUGUUCCUUCAGGACCUAAUCCGUUGCACCAUUGA